AUGCUUCAAAAAUUUGCUUGGUUCUGUCCCUAUGGCCUCACAUUGACUCUCGCCGCCGCCUUCGUCACCACCACCACCCCCAUCUCUAAAACAGGCUGCCAAAGCCAAUGUGGAAACCUAACAGUUCCAUACCCAUUUGGCAUCGGCAUAGGAACGGGUUGUUCCAUCGACCCAGGAUUCGAUAUCAACUGCAAUACUUCAUUCAAUCCUCCGAAACCCUUCUUCAGAGGUAACCUCGAAGUAAUCGACAUAUCGGAGACCCAAUUACGCGUUAAGACCUGGAUUGCUUCCAGUUGCUACGACCAAAACGGCACGUUGACCUCAUCAAACACGGUGGGGAUUAAUUUAGCUUUUCAAUACUUCGCCUUCUCCGAUACAAACAAGUUCACGGUCAUCGGUUGUGACGAUUUAGCAAUAAUAGCAGCGACAGUAGCGACAAUUGGGGGUAACUUUAGCAGUGGGUGUAUCUCCCUCUGUUCAGCGAGUGAGUACGUAACCAGCGGUAAUUGUUCUGGGAUUGGUUGCUGUAACAUUCCGAUACCAACGGGUAUACAGACUUUUGGUGCUGCCUUGGCCAGUCUGAACAAUCACACCAAUGUCUGGUCCUUUGCGCGUUGCGGUUAUGCUUUUCUUGCCGAGCAAGACAGCUUUACAUUUGGCGGCGCGUCAGACUUUUCCGAUCCGACAUUCAAGAACAGGAUAGAGUCCAGCGUUCCGGUAGCGAUCGACUGGGUUAUUGGGAAUCAUAGUUGCAGUGAAGCGCAAAGUUCAGGAGCUUUGGUCUGUCAAGCAAAUACCACGUGUGCUGAUUCAAUUUCAAACAAAGGUUUGGGAGGGUAUAGCUGUAGCUGCAAAGGAGGCUAUGAAGGCAAUCCCUAUCUCAGUCCUGGCUGCAAAGAUAUUGAUGAGUGUGCAGAUCCGAACAAAAAUACUUGUGAGAAGAUUUGCAACAAAAAUACUUGCGAGAAGACUUGCAUAAAUACUUUGGGAAGUUAUUAUUGUGAAUGUCCAAAGGGAUACUAUGGCGAUGGCCGAACAGAUGGGCGNAUACUUGCGAGAAGACUUGCAUAA